ACUUCACUAACAGCUGGGCUGAGGCCAGGAUGACUACAAACGCUACCUACAAGUCCUUCAGUAAUGCUGUCAUCCAGGCUGAGGUCGGCCUGCAUGUUGGGCUGUACGGCAUCAACGUGACACUUAGAGGCAAUCCCAUUGUGCAGUUCAAUGAAACCAUCAACUACAAUGAGAUGUUCAGCUGGCAUGACAUCGCUGAAGAAGAGUAUGAGCAAGCUUUGAUCAAAGGUUUACCGAACCCCAUCUUAUACAUCGUGGAAAAAUUCACCCUGAGCAGCCCCUGUGGGAUGAUCUUUCAGUACAGUUACUCCGGACGCUUCGCCUCUGCAACCCUCUGGACGGCGUUUUGCUGCUGGAUUCUCGCCAACAUCUUGUUCUUCUUGCCCGACGUUGUUUACGCCGGGUACAUGACCAUGGCCACUGCCGCCUUCAUCUUCUUCUCCAUGGCCUCCUUCUCCACCAUCAUGAAUGUGCCUCGGUGUGUUUUCUCCAUAGGUGAAGACUCCUUUGUGACAGAGUACAGCCAUUCGUUUUGGCUGGCACUGGCUACAGGAGUGCUUUGCACCAUCAUCGGGUUUUUCGUGGUGAUGCUGUACUUCCUGAUGCCAGAGAAGGUAAAAGCAGCUUUCAGCUUGAGUUUCGACAGCUAUGAGGACGAGGAUGAGGAUAAAUCUUGUCCAGAAGGCUACCUGAACUCAGUCUUCCUUAACGGAGAAUUGCAUCUACCACUGACACCCAAAGUUACACCAGAUCGUCUAUGAAGCCAUCCAGUGAUCUCCUCUGAUUCAUACUUGAAUAUUAUUUGACUGAAUGUGUUAAAAAGAACUUUUCUAAGUUUAAAUCACUGUCAUUAUCUAUGUGAGCCAGUUUUAUGUGUCAAACUGUAAAUAUGUGUUUAAUGCUGUAAUGUUUGUUGUCUGGGUGGGAACUAAACUUAAAGAAAUGUUUUUUUAUGCCUUUUUCCUUGUAUAAUAAUGGAAAUAUAUUAGUCUUUACUCAACUCAUUCCUGAUUAAUCUGAAAAAUAUGUAUAUACCAGGAUUUAUUACAAAACAAUUCACACAAUUUUGGCACAUUUAGUUUAAAGCAAGUAUGGAGAAACAAUGGUGCCAAUGAGGAUGAUGUAAUUUUCCUAUUCCAGGCUGGUGUUUUUAUUUCUGCCUUGUAUUUUGAGUUUUCAGUAUAUUUUCUACAGCAAAGUGUUAAUAAAACAAAAACAAACAUGA